CUUUCACAGCGCUGUUGGUCACUAAUGCAAUGUGAGACUAAUGGCCAUUGCACAACUGUAAUAGUAAUGAGCGGGCGGGGUCGAUUUUUUUUGCCUCACCUCCAUCUGAUUGUGCUAAAACAGAGCAACGCGAAACCCUUUAAACUCCUUACCACCUGAGAGACUUACAACUUUUCCGACGACCGUGUGUCGACGCAGUUUUAGACCUCGAAGUCUUGGAUCACUACUUCAUGCGCGGCCGGAGGGUCUACAAGGGUGUGUGUGACAUCUCCCCCUGCCCUUUUUUACCUCUGAACCCUGAACCCAACCAUCUCCCCCUCCCCUCCCUGAGGCCAGACUGGGAUCCAUGGCGCUGGGUAAGCUGUUGAGUUUCGGGAAGCAGUUGCUGAGAGUGAAAGUGGUGGACUGUAACACGGAGGACUCCCGCCUGUCCCGAUGCCUCAACACUUUUGACCUGGUGGCCCUGGGCGUGGGCAGCACCCUGGGCGCUGGCGUCUACGUGCUAGCUGGCGCUGUUGCACGAGAGAAUUCCGGUCCUGCUAUUGUGCUGUCUUUCCUGAUAGCAGCCUUGGCCUCCGUGUUGGCCGGUCUGUGCUAUGCUGAGUUUGGAGCCCGUGUUCCAAAGACAGGCUCAGCUUAUCUUUACUCCUAUGUGACUGUAGGGGAACUCUGGGCCUUCAUCACUGGAUGGAACCUCAUCCUCUCCUAUAUCAUUGGUACUUCCAGUGUGGCCCGAGCAUGGAGCGCUACCUUUGACGAGUUGGUAGGGAAGCGCAUAGAGCAGUUCUGCAGAGAGUACAUGUCCAUGAAUGCACCGGGUGUAUUGGCAAAGUACCCUGACAUGUUUGCUGUUGUCAUCAUAAUCACCCUCACAGGUCUGCUGGCAUUUGGGGUCAAAGAGUCAGCAAUGGUGAACAAGAUUUUUACGUGUAUCAAUGUCCUAGUCUUGUUGUUCAUGGUGGUCUCUGGUCUGGUCAAAGGUUCUUUGAAGAACUGGCAUCUUGACCCUGAAGAGAUCCUACAUGCCAAUAAUACCAGUAACUUCAGCCUCAAUCUGACAGACAUCCUGCCAACCAAAGAAAAUUUAGGAGAGGGCGGCUUUAUGCCAUUUGGUUUCACAGGUGUUCUAUCAGGAGCUGCUACCUGCUUCUAUGCUUUUGUCGGAUUUGACUGCAUCGCCACCACAGGUGAAGAGGUGAAGAAUCCCCAGAGAGCCAUCCCUAUUGGCAUUGUAUCCUCGCUGCUUAUCUGCUUUGUAGCGUACUUUGGUGUUUCUGCUGCCCUCACCCUUAUGAUGCCAUACUACCUGCUGGACAACAACAGCCCCCUGCCUGUAGCUUUCAAUUAUGUGGGCUGGGGAGGAGCCAAAUAUGCUGUAGCUGUAGGCUCUCUGUGUGCCCUCUCUACUAGUCUGUUGGGUUCCAUGUUCCCCCUACCCCGUAUCAUCUUUGCCAUGGCUCGGGAUGGCCUGCUCUUCUCCUUCCUGGCCCACAUCAGCGAGAGGAAAUCCCCCAUGACGUCUACCGUCGCUGCCGGGGUUAUGUCUGCUAUCAUGGCAUUUCUGUUUGACCUGAAGGACCUGGUUGACCUGAUGUCAAUAGGGACGCUGUUGGCCUACACAUUAGUGGCUGCCUGUGUUUUGGUUCUCAGGUACCAGCCCGAGCAGCCCAGUCAUGUGUAUCAGAUGGGAAUUACCCACGAUGAUGUGGACCUGGGCGACGGCAUCAGUGUCCCCAGUAUGGGCAUCCUCCCCGGUGUGGAAGAGAGGUUCAGCUUUAAAAACCUCCUGUUCCCAAGUAACCCUGAGCCAUCCACACUUUCAGGCUUUGCUGUCAACACCUGUGCCUCUCUGAUGGGAAUGUUGAUCCUGGUGUUCAGUAUACUGGCAGUACAGGGAGGCGCUGCUGUGUGGAACAUCGUAGCCCUCAGUGUCAUCUUCAUGGUGUGUCUUCUCCUCACCUUUAUCAUCUGGAGACAGCCUGAGAGCAAGACAAAACUGUCCUUCAAGGUUCCACUGCUACCCUUUAUUCCAGUAAUCAGCAUGUUUGUAAAUGUCUUCCUGAUGAUGCAGCUGGACAGAGGCACUUGGAUACGGUUUUCUGUGUGGAUGGCUAUAGGUUUUGUGAUCUACUUCGGCUACGGGAUUCAUCACAGCGUUGAGGGCACUCGUCAUCGCUCGCCAGAACAAGAGAUGAACGGCUUCAAGUGCGACCAUGAUUCAGGAGCCAUGUCACUGGAAAAAGAGGCUUUCCUGCGCAAUGGCAUCAAUGCCAGGGAAGAGGACGAUGAAGAUUUGUAGGCGCAUUAAAACAUGCUGUGUACAUCUUGACCUCCUCUGACGCCAGUCUGCCUGUGUAAGAAUAUUUUUCACUUGACGACUCCCCGUCAUUCAAUGGCAGUACUCCCUUUGGGGGAAAGUAAUCAUACAUGACUUUGACCUAAAGUUCCCAUAACUGUGACCUGUCCCUAUUGACUCAUGGGUAGAAAACUGGUGACAAUGUUCAUGCAAAAAUCUAACUUCCUGAGCCAUAUUUGACAUGUUCUAUUAAUUUAGUAUUUUGUAAUACACUACGUUACCCUUUUUGCUUGGCCUUGACCUUCAACUGCAAGUUAUUGCUUGGCUUUCUGGGGGGUGGGGACUCAUGUUAGAGACAUUUCAGUGUUUCAGGAUGUUGAGUUGAGGUCUGGGUUACAUUGCUGGCAGUCGGACUGUGUGCACAUGUGUAACAGCUUGCGUCUAGGUCCUAGAAUCUUCUACAAUAAUACAUCUGUUGGAACAUUGUAUUAGAGUCCCCUAUGUAUAUAAAUCCACAUACUUAUGCAAAUUUGAUAAAAUACAGAUUGGUUCCAAUAGCUAUAUUCUUUUAAACCUAACAACUCUUGUGUAUUAUUGAAAUGCUGCUCCAACUCUCCUCUCCUGAGAGACAGGGACAGGGACAGGGUGAGAGCUUGCACAAUGCACUACAACACAGUUGUCAAUGAUAUAAUCACCCCUGUUCACUAGCAGAAAAGGGAAGUUGAGGCCAAUGGCUGCACACUAUAAGUGGGCCAGCAGGAAACUGUAGCUUACGGUUACCAUCAGUCCAAUUUCAGGUCCAAAGGAUUCCAUUGAUACCAGCAGUCAAAAGCCUUGGUUCUGGCUCAAAGUUGGGAUGCAGAAACGUCUGUAAGAAGACAUCACACAACAGAUCCUGUUGGACAGUUCCUUACGCUGGGAUACAGAGAAAGUGAUUGGUCUAAUGCUUUGUUGACAUGGAAUGUGAAAAACAUGUGCAAAAACAAGAACAGACGCUCAUUGGCAGUUGUCGAAGCGAAUGAUGUGACGCAAAAUUUCCGCCAUUCACAGCAGUAUCUAUCUUUCAACUUGUGCAAAGAAUUUGUGUGAUUCUGUGUCAGGAAAGCCAAUCAGCAUCCAGAUGCUCCUGAGGUCUUGACUUUGUCUAAUCUGAAAUGGAAGAAAAAAAUACUGUAGCCGCCUAUGUGCAGUGAAAUCUACUGAGCUGUGUGCGGCUGCGAAUGAUGUUAUUAAUCCAGACAUGACAGCAUGUGAUUUUCUGGCAAAUCUGGGUUUUCUACAACAGAUACAAAGCAGCAAUAGUGGUUAUUUUGGCCAUGAUUGAUGACCCAAAGAAACAGUUGGUGUCUACAUGUAGCCUCUCCUCAGAUACCUGAUUUUACACACUUCUCACAAUACCAACAAGCUUAUUUGGGAUUUUUUAUACCCUUAGUAAAUAUAUGGAAUCUGGUUUGUGAAUCCUCAUGCAUGUUAGGCAUCAGAUGAAGACAUUGUGAGUUGCUGAAUGUCAGUUAAUCUCAUGUAACAUUAGAUGAUAUAUGAUUUUCACAGUGCUGGCUGCUGUGUCUUUUUGCAUCUGUAGCUUGUAACAUUUAUCUUCUCAUUUCAAA